AUGACUUCGAGUUCACCUACUCAUGGCACCACUCUUUUUCUUCUUUACGUGGAUGAUAUGAUUAUAACCAGUGAUGAUGUAGCUGGUAUUCUUAGUCUCAAGCAAUUUCUCAAUUGUCAGUUUGAGAUGAAGGGCCUUGGUACUCUCAAUUAUUUCUUAGGGCUUGAAAUUUCUCAUGAUUCCGCUGGUAGUCUUGUCUAUCUCACUGUGACUUGUCCUGACAUUGCUUAUGCCGUCCAUCUUGUUAGUCAGUACAUGUUGGCUUCCCAAACCCCGCAUUAUACUGCUCUACUUCACAUACUUCCCUACCUCAAAGGCACUAUGUUCCAUGGACGCCACUACUCUACUCACUCUUUUCUUGGGCUUCGUGCAUUUUUUGAUUCUGAUUGGGUUGGGGAUCUUACUGAUCAACGCUCCACCACACGUUUCUGCUUCUUCUCAGGGGAUUAUCUUCUUACUUGGCGCAACAAGAAACAGUCCCUCACUGCUCGCUCUAGUACUGAAGCUGGAUACCGCGCUCUUAGUGACACUACUUAG